CAUUUGCAAAGAAAAACCCAUUCAAAACUUCAAUCUCGUUAUCUCUAAUCCUCUUCGCUAAGCCUCAAGUUUUCAAUAAAACUCCCUUCUAAUUCAUUAUAUCUUCUACCUUAUCCAACAAAUCUCUCUUCAUAGCUCAACAACGUUUCUCUUAGAUUUCUCCUCUUGGUCCUUGUAUCCAAAUCUUCAGUUCAUAUCUGUUACGGUAAAACCAGCAGUAAUCCUAUAGCAAUUGUGUGUAUAGCUGUGACCUUAGUGACACCCCUAAACGGAAAAGAAUCGGAAAUAUCAAUUUUAGAGCAAACAUGGCUUUUUGCUUGUGUUUCGGACUUAGACCAAAACGUAAUAAGGUGGAGAAUCAGGAACCCGUUUCUGUUCAGGAAUCCAUACCUGACCAACCAUCAUCGUCUUCUGCCAAUCCAGCAACGUCUUCAUCAGAUCCUGAAGCACUGCUACCGCCACCGCAGAAAAUCAAAAAAUUCUCAUACCUACAACUCGCCACCGCAACAAACAACUUCAGCCUGGAUGCUAGGAUCGGACAAGGUGGAUUCGGCGAUGUAUUCAAAGGAGAGUUAGAGAUUGACGGACAGUUAAAGGAUGUGGCUGUUAAGAUGCUUGGUCGGAGUAGUAUACAAGGAAACAAAGAGUUUAUUGUGGAAGUCCUAAUGCUUUCAAUGUUGAGAAACAAAAACCUCGUGAAACUGUAUGGUUAUUGCUGUGAAGGCGAUCAAAGAUGCCUCGUCUAUGAAUAUAUGCCUCUUGGAUCUGUAGAAGAUAACAUCCACUGUAAAACAAAAAACAAAACUAUACUUCAUCCUCAAGAAACAAAAUUUAUAAUACAGUACUUAUUUUUUUUUUCAGAUAUCAGAUCUGCUCAAGAGGUUUUAGAUUUGAGCACAAGGAUGAAGAUAGCUUUAGGAGCAGCUAAAGGGUUAGCGUAUCUUCACAACGAUUCAAAACCUAUUGUGAUCUAUAGAGAUAUGAAAACUGCAAACAUACUGCUGGACCAUGGGUUUGAACCGAAGCUCUCUGACUUUGGGCUUGCAAAGAUUGGUCCGAAUGAAGGCAUGUCUCAUGUCACUACUAGAGUUAUGGGAACGCUAGGGUAUUGUGCACCCGAGUACGCGGCUACUGGGCAACUGACGCUGCAGUCUGAUAUUUAUAGCUUUGGAGUUGUGCUGUUGGAGCUUAUCACUGGACGCAAACCUAUUGGGGACUCAACCAUGGGUGCACAACGUUUGCUUGUUAGAUGGGCACUGCCAUAUUUCAGGAACCUAAACAUAAGAAAGAUUGCAGAUCCGAUGUUAGGAAUACAAGGUGAUCCGUACUUGGAAGAAGCUGUGAGAAGAGCCGUUCAGUUAGCGUAUAUGUGUCUGCGGGAACGCGCAAAAGCUAGGCCAACAAUCAGAGAAGUAGUGGAGGCAUUGGAGGUCUUGGUUGAGUACAUAGCGAGGAAAGAUAAGGGAAAUGACAUUAGAUAUGGACGAGGAGUAGAUAAGGGGAAGAAAGUUGAAGGGUCAACUGUUAAUGAAGGAGAUGAAGGUUUGGAGAGAGAUAGAUAUGUUUCUGAUGCUAAGAGAUGGGCUAAGGGUUGUACAAGAGCUGAACGGAGAAAGAGCAAAGUUGCUGAUACUUUCUUUGCUUAAUUUUGUUUGUUUGUCAACUGCUAUAUACUUAAACCGAAUUUGGUUGGUACAAAUGUUAUUUUUUCUUGGUUUACCGAUAUGCAUAACUCCAAUGCUUCUUAACAUUUUGGUUCUUUGAUUAUUUAAAAAAUGGGUAAUAUCUUCUUGAUCGGUUAUAUAUGUUGGUGUUUGACAAUAACAAGAAACACUUCUUGUCCAUUAUUUCGUAACGUUUCAAAUUUAGAAAGAUGAAAAACUGAAAAAAGUUUAUAGUUUUUACAGUUGUGGAUAGUUAAACAAAAAUAUUUUUUUUUUAAAACAAAUCAGUUGUGUAAAUCGCUUCACAAUGUUAAAAUAAAAACAAACACCUACAUCUAAAAGUUCAUGGAUAUAUAUGCACUUACAAUACAACCGCUAUAUUUGAACCAAUGAGUCUAAGAAAUUACAUACUUGUUUUUUAUAUUUUACCAAUGAUACUCUUAAUUAAUAGCUCAAAACGAUGAGCUAUUAGUUUACAAAUGGCAUCAAAGUCCAAUGCCCUAAAUGUAUAAACUAUAAAAUGAAGCUUAGAAGAGGAAAGAUAUCGACUAACUAGACAAAAUCACGUAAACCCUACGAGUACUUCAACGGAUUUUUGGAAAAGAAUCUAAUCGAUAGUCUCUGAUCUUUGAAUUCCACUUUUAUUACUCCCUCUCCCUCUCUGAAAUUACUUGUACAUUUGUAUUUUUGACACUCCUAUUUAUAUAUCGUCAAACUGUUAGAAGGGACUAUCAUCUACGUUACUCGGUUUCGAUUAACGUUAGAAAGGACUAUUUACAAUAUGUUUGGGU